UUUUUUUUUUUUGAAUCAGAACUUUCCCUAUUGUUUAUUCCUCUAUUUUCAUGGAUUUCGCAGCACCUGAAUUCCAGGCCAAUUUGCAAAUAGCGAUCGAUUUGUUCGUCUCCAAGAAACGUCACGGCGUUACACGUGGCGGCGGUCUGAGGUUCAAAGACUCCUCCGGUAAUCUCGUAUUUAGAGUCGAACGCCAAUCGCACAAGUCGGCUCUCAAACGCGUCCUCUUCGAUGCCUCCGGAAAUCCCCUCAUUUACAUCCACCGAAACCAGAAUGGAUCUUGGCAAGGCUUUAAGAGAGACAACAGCGAGGAAGUCAUGAUAUUCAGAGUAGAGAGGACACUGAAUGCACUUUUUAGAACUGAGUUAGACGUAUUCCCUGUUGGUGAAAAUGGGGAAGAGUCAAAGUCUGAUUUCAAGAUGAAAGGCUCCCCCUUCCACAGAUCAUGCACCAUCUAUAGUGGCAAUUCGAUAAUGGCCCAGACUAGCCUUAUGUACAAGCUUGGGAUUCAGAAGGUUCUGGUGCCGAGGCACAGAUUUCGACUAACCAUAUUUCCCGGGUUUGUAGAUCAUGCUUUCGUAGUCGCUUUGAUUGUAAUAUUUUUCGAUGGGAGAAAAUUAUGGAUCUAGCAGAACAUUCAUAACGAAGAGUUGAUCUUUGUCGACCUGUAACAUAUUUUAGUUUCAUCUCAUGUUGACCCUGACACAAUAUGGGCAUAGUGCCUCGGAGGCUGCUUCCAUGGUGUCAGUUCGAUGAAAUUGAUUUCCCUGUGAAUUUCCAGAAAUGGAUGAAUAUUUUUCUGGGAUUAAUUGAUAGUAAAGAGUAAAUGCUGACUCACUAGAAAAAUAAAUUGCCAAAGA